UGCUCUUUAAAAUGUCCAAACCUUCUCGCUCAGCAAGACCUGUCUUCGCGAAUGCAGCGUCUAAACUGCAGUCAUCCAGGAAGGAUGAUUUAAACAGCAAACAGAGAAACAUCAGCUUAGCUGAGAAGAUUCCCAGGACUGGGAGCGACGGAUGUUCAGCCAAACAGCAGCAGGUGCCGUCUGCGGCAACUCCAGCUCCUCGGAAGUCCUCAGCACACAAAGAACAAGGGAAAGGCAAUCUGCAGGUAACAUCCUUGGAAGAUGCAGAAUCCCGCAGGACCAAGGAGCGCCUUGCUAAUGGGAGCAGCCGCGCCUCGGGCUCCAAGGCGUCCCGAAAUAUCCUGAGGAGACACACCCUAGGUGGGCCCCGAAGUUCCAGAGAAAUCCUGGGAAUGCAGGCCUCUGAGAUGGACAGGAAGAGAGAAGCUUUCCUGGAGCACCUGAAACAGAAAUACCCGCACCACGCCACAGCAAUCAUGGGCCACCAGGAGAGGCUGAGAGACCAGACCAGAAGCCCCAAACUGUCUCACAGCCCUCAACCUCCGAAUUUGGGGGACCCCGCGGAGCACCUGUCAGAGACUUCCGGGGACUCCUUGGAAGCCAUGUCUGAGGGCGAAGUACCAAGUCCGUUCUCCAGGGGCAGCCGCACUCGGGCGAGCCUUCCCGUGGUGAGGUCGACCAACCAGACGAAGGAGAGAUCUCUGGGAGUUCUCUAUCUCCAGUACGGAGAUGAAACCAAGCAGCUCAGGAUGCCGAACGAAGUCACGAGCGCAGACACGAUCCGCGCGCUCUUUGUAAGUGCCUUUCCCCAGCAGCUCACCAUGAAAAUGCUGGAGUCGCCCAGUGUCGCCAUUUACAUCAAAGAUGAAAGCAGAAACGUCUAUUAUGAAUUAAACGAUGUAAGGAAUAUUCAGGACAGAUCUCUCCUCAAAGUGUACAACAAGGAUCCUUCGCAUGCGUUUAAUCACACACCAAAAACCGUGAAUGGAGACCUGAGGAUGCAGAGGGAGAUUGUCUAUGCGAGAGGAGACGGCCCUGGCGCCAUCCCAAACUCCCCACCGCCCACUCCUGUGCUCCACUCCAUGCCUCCGUCCCCGUCCCGAAUUCCAUAUGGGGGCACCCGCCCCGUGGUGGUCCCCGGCAAUGCCACCAUCCCCAGGGACAGACUCUCCAGCCUGCCCGUGUCCAGGUCCAUCUCGCCCAGUCCUAGCGCCAUUUUAGAAAGAAGAGACGUCAAGCCAGACGAGGACCUGAGUGGCAGGAACCUGGCAAUGUACAGAAACGAGGGCUUCUUCGCAGACCCCUACCUGUACCACGAGGGACGGAUGAGCAUAGCCUCGUCCCACGGCGGGCACCCGCUGGACGUCCCCGAACACAUCAUCGCUUAUCACCGCACAGCCGUCAGGUCCGCGAGCGCUUACGGUAACCCCACUUUGCAAGCGGAAGUGCACAUGGAGCAGUCUCUGUACAGGCAGAAGGCCAGGAAGUACCCCGACAGCCACCUGCCCACGCUGGGCUCCAAAACGCCCCCCGCGUCUCCUCACCGCAUGGGCGACCUGCGAAUGCUGGACCUGCACCCCCAUCACGGUGCCCACGGGCCCUCGCAUACCCUGCAGCCCGACCGGGCCUCGCCCAGCCGCCAGUCCUUCCGAAAGGAGCCGGGCACCCUGGUGUACGUCGAAAAGCCGCGCAGCACUCCGGGACUGUCUGGUGCCGUGGACCUGGGCCCUCCGCUAGUGGAGAAGCAAGUUUUUGCAUACAGCACUGCUACGAUCCCCAAAGACAGAGAGACCAGAGAGAGGAUGCAAGCCAUGGAGAAGCAGAUCGCCAGUCUAACUGGCCUUGUUCAGUCUGCGCUUUUUAGAGGGCCCAUUACAAGUAGUAGCAAAGAUGCACCUAGUGAGAAAAUGAUGAAAACCACAGCCAACAGGAGCCACACAGACAGUGCAGGCACACCGCACGCUUCUGCUGGGAAGACUCUGGAGUCCACAGCGCCCUCCGGCCAGCCCAUGCCAGCCAGCACCUCGGCCCUCCACAGGAGCCUGCGGGACAUGAAGCGGACCGUGGCUGAGCUCAGGCUGCAGCUGCAGCACAUGCGGCAGCUCCAGCUGCAGAACCAGGAGCUGCUGAGGGCGAUGCUGAAGAAGGCAGAGCUGGAAAUCAGCAGCAGAGUGAUCGAGACCGCGAAGAGGCUGGAGGACCCGGUGCAGCGACAGCGCGUCCUGGUGGAGCACGAGAGACAAAAGUACCUUCGCGAGGAGGAGCGGAUUGUCAAGAAGCUCGGUGAGCUGGAGGACUUUGUCGAAGACCUGAAGAAGGUCUCUUCUUCCGCUGGCCGGGUGGUCACCCUAAAGGACGUGGAGGAUGGGGCCUUCCUCCUGCGACAAGUGGGCGAAGCCGUAGCAACCCUGAAAGGAGAAUUUCCAACCCUACAAAACAAGAUGCGUGCUGUCCUGCGCAUAGAGGUGGAGGCCGUGCGCUUUCUGAAGGAGGAGCCGCACAAGCUGGACAGCCUCCUGAAGCGCGUGCGGAGCAUGACCGACGUCCUCACUGUGCUGCGGAGACAUGUCACCGACGGGCUCCUGAAGGGCACAGAUGCAACCCAAGCCGCACAGUAUGUCGCUAUGGAAAAGGCCACCGCUGCUGAAGUCCUGAGGAAUCAGGAGGAGGCAGCCCACAGCACCGGAGUCCCUGGAGAUGUGAAGUCGGAAGUGGUGGCCCUGUCCACCAUGACGGUUCACCACGCGCAGAGCUCCCCCGUGGUCAUCCAGCCCUCCCAGCACUCCUCGGCUCUGCUGAACCCUGCCCACAACGUGCCUGGGGUGCCUGGCCCACGCACAGCCAGUCCUCCGGGGGCCGCACAGGAAGUUGCCCCUGCCACACAGUCCCCUCAGGCACCUGUGAAUGGGUCCGCCAUGCAGAGCCUGUUCAUUGAGGAAAUCCACAGCGCAAGUGCCAAGAACAGGGCUGUGUCCAUCGAGAAAGCAGAAAGGAAAUGGGAAGAGAAAAGGCACAAUCUGGAGCACUAUAACGGAAAAGAGUUUGAGCAGCUGCUGGAAGAAGCUCAGGCCAACAUCAUGAAGUCGAUUCCGAACCUGGAGAUGCCGCCGGCCUCGGGCCCCGCACCGAAGGGCGUUGCCCCAGCAGAGAAGCCGGAGCUGUCAGAAGACUCUCCGAAUUCAGGACAGGACCCGGACGCGAUGCGGGGAAAGUCCCCGCCGCCGCCACCCCCGCCGCCUAGGCGCAGUUUCCUGCCCGGGCUGGGCCUCACCACGACGCGGUCGGGCGACGUGGUCUACACCAGCAGGAAGGACGGCAGCGGAUCUAAGGCAAGCGGUGAAGAUGCUGGACAGAGCCCUCAGAGUAGAGCCACGAAGUGUCCAGGAGAGGAGCCUGCUGCAGCCUGGCCGCCCUCCCCACCCCCAGCCGUUACCUCUUCCUCGAAGGAUGACGAGGAGGAAGAAGAAGAGGGAGACAAGAUAAUGGCAGAGCUGCAGGCAUUCCAGAAGUGUUCCCUUAUGGAUGUAAAUUCACACAGUCACGCUGAGCAGUCCCGGGCUGACAGCCACGUUAAAGACACUAGGCCAGGCGCCACAGCCCCGCCCAAGGAGAAGAAGAAUUUGGAAUUGUUCCGCGAAGAUGUUCGGAAAUCCGAUGUUGACAGUGAAAGCGGCCCCCAGGUGGAAUCCCAGGUUGCCACAGGGGUUCAGAGGCCUGGGGACCCUCCUAAGUGGGAAACAGGACUGGAGAAUAGUGUUCCCAAGGCAUCAGGAGCAUCUGGAUAUAAAACUGGCAACUUAAGGAGGGAAAGUUACACAUCCAAUAAAAGUUUAUUCAGGGAUAACGGAAACUAUUCCCAGAAAAGUGUGCCGAAGGUCAGUUUCAAUCUCACCGGCAUGCAGCCAUUCGAAGAGGAAGCAAACAGAGGAUCUAAAGUCCCAGUACUGCCGCACCCUCCACCUGACACUGAUGGUCUGAAGGCGGCUUGUGGGGAGUCGAAAGACACAGGUCAGCAAGGACAAGAAAGCACAGACAAGUGUCGCGUGCCCUCCCCUGUGAGGUCAGCAGAACCGAGCCUCUGUGAGGUCAGGAUGCAAGACCAAGACACCCCCAGGACAGAUUCUGCCCAGGUGGUACUGAGACCCAAAGACACAAAGCAUAGGAACGGGGCUCCUCCUCGUGAGAACGGAGAGCGCACCCCGAGUUCUCCCACCGAAGAGACUGCGGCCACCGACAACAUCGCCUUCAUGAUUACCAAAACCGCCGUCCAGGUCCUGUCCAGUGGCGAGGUCCACGAUAUAGUUAGCCAAAAGGGCCGGGAUGUACAGACGGUGAACAUCAACGCCAGGAAGGAGACGGCUUCGCAACAGGAAGGGGCUGAACAUGAAGAGCCAGUCGUGUGCCUGGACAAAAAGCCGGUCAUCAUCAUUUUUGAGGAGCCCAUGGACAUCCGGUCUGCCUACAAGAGACUUUCCACCAUCUUUGAGGAGUGUGAUGAGGAACUGGAGCGAAUGAUGACCGAGGAGAAGAUAGAGGAAGAGGAGGAAGAGGAGGAAGACGGAGACCCUGCCGUCCAGAAAAACACUUCCCAGUCUCCUGGCCAGGUGGCCCCUGGCAGUCUGCACGCAGGACAGCAGGAGAAGAAGUGGCAGCCACACUUCCUGUCCAUCGAGCCGAAGACCGCGGGAGGACAGGAAGGGAGUCAGAGCGAGCCGAGCGCCCUCAGCCCAGCGGAGUCACCGGACGCCCACGGCAGGAGUGACACAGCCGAUGACCGAGGCGAAAGCCCCAAGAAAAAGUUUAAAUUCAAGUUCCCCAAAAAACAACUGGCUGCCCUCACUCAGGCGAUCCGCACAGGAACCAAGACGGGGAAGAAGACCCUGCAGGUGGUGGUCUACGAAGAGGACGAGGAGGACGGCACCCUGACGCAGCACAGAGAAGCCACGCGAUUCGAAAUCGCCCGGUCACAGCCUGAGGACGCCUGGAAAACCACGAGCAGAAGGCAAGAGCAGCCAGGCCCAGAGAGCGCGUGCCAGAUUUCGAGGACCGACGAGAUUAGAAAAAAUACCUACAGGACGCUGGACAGCCUGGAGCAGACCAUCAAACAGCUGGAAAACACCAUCAGUGAAAUGAGCCCCAAAGCCCUAGCGGAAACUUCCUGUACCUCCGACCGAGACUUGGGUGCAAGCUCGGCCCACGAGGCCUCUCCCCGAAACUCGCUAGCUCCGGAUGAAGCCCCCCCUGCCCCAGAGCCCCCCACGUCUGUAUCUUCAGCUUCACGUAAGGCCUCCAGCGGGACCCCCCAGACCAGCCGCAUGCCCGUCCCCCUGGGCGCCAAGAGCCGGCCCGGCAGCCUGGACAAACCCAGCAAGCAGCCCAAACUGCAGGACCCCCGCCAGUUCCGCCAGGCCAAUGGAAGUGCUAAGAGAGCUGGUGGGGAUUGUAAGCCUACUUCCCCCUCCUUACCUGCUUCUAAGAUUCCAGCCCUUUCUCCCAGCUCUGGGAAAAGCAGUUCUCUGCCCUCUGCUAGUGCUGACGGCUCUACCGUCCCUAAUCCACCUGCUGCUAAACCUGUGAUCACUUCUAACCCCCUCAGCCCCCAAGCAGGGCGGCCUGCACACUGCGUCUCCCACAUCCCUUCUGUCUCUAACGGCUCCUUGAAGUUCCAGAGCCCCGCUGCUCACGCAGGGAAAGGCUCCCACCUGUCCUCGCCGCAUUCCCCCGCCUCCCCGACCUCCCUGAGCCAGGGUGCCAGGGCUGGCAGGGCCGCCCACUCGCCCGGCCUCACCAGCUACAAGGCCCAGAACGGAAGUUCCGGCAAAGCCACCCCGGCCACAGCAAAGGAGACCUCUUAAAGGCCAAGUCCUGUUAGGCCCAAGUUGGAGUGAAUUUUUUUCGUUUCCCCACUUUGUGUCUUUUAGCAGUCUACACCUGUUUGCACCAGAGAAUGUAAAAUAUUGCUGUACUGUUUGAGGGUUCGUGCACAGUGUCUGCUCAGUACUGGAUUGAUAGAUUUCAGCGAAGCUUGUUUCAUUUUUCACUUUGUUCCCGCUGUCACUGCGUAGUGUUGACUGUCUAGAUGCAAUACCCACCUAAUGAAGUAAGCAUGUGCUACGAAAAGAAAAUGGUCAGAGCAAGCGUGUGUGAGAGAUGGGAAAACUGUGUGAAGCAUGUAAAACAUGUAUGAUUCCAGAAAUGUAGUAUGUUUUGUAUAAAAAUAUUUUUCAUUAUGGAGACUAGAAGUGAACAGAGAAAUACACAGGCGUGACUAUAUAAAUUGUAAAACAGAUGCUAUAAUAUUUCCCUUUAUUUUAGUGUUAUUUAGCUUUAUUACAGAUUUCUAUUUUUGUCAAAACUUCAUGGUUCCUUUCAAGAUCUUUUUUGCCAAGACAUUUUGAUACUAUAUAGCACUGUACAUUUGAAAGUAGUAAAGCCAGUGAACUUCUACACAAGCCAAUAGGGAGGCAUAUUUAGGAAGCAAUCUAUCAAAACUGUUGCACUGCCGUGAAAAGUGUGUAUAAUAAUCUGCUAGCCCACUGCAAGCUAGUUUUCUUUGCUCUCCCUCCCGCUUUCUUUUCUUUUUUUAAAAUUUGAACAUACUGAGAUUCUCUAGUUGUUUGCUUUGGAAUACCCAGCCCCUUCCUUUCUUUUCUGAGACCUGGUAACACUCAUUAUUACAUUGUGGAUUUUAAAAUGUACACUUAUGUACGGUUCUGUAAACUGAUCCACCUUUGUAAAUAUAUAAAUAUACACAGGCAUAAAAAUACUGUAUGUGAGCACACAUAGAGUAGUUUUCCCACACCAAAGUUAAUUUCUAUGCAUGCUUUAAAAAUAUAUAUUGGGAUGGGUAGAAAUGGGACUAUCCACACAUUUUUAAAAAGCAACAAGUUUGCACAGUUGGAGUGUUUUUGUAAAUACAUGUAUUUGUAUAACACUGUCAUGUAAUAUACAGAAUUAUAAGCAGAGACUUUGCAAAACUAAAUAAAGGGCUGCAUGCUUAUUACUUUUUUGUACCUCGUCACUAGAAUGAAUUCCUCAUCAAAGAACAACAUGUAACUCUUACCAGGUUAAGUGUUUCUGGCUUGAGGGCAUUAUAAAAACCUGUAACACAUCCACUCAUGAUACCGCUCUUCUGAAAGCGCAGGGGUGAUUAAUGACCU